CCCAACGUAGGCAAGAGCAGCACCAUGAACGCCCUGUUGGGGGCCAAGAGGGUGGCGGUGUCCAGCCACCCGGGCAGGACCAAGCACUAUCAGACGCACAUGAUGUGCCCCAGCUUGAUGCUUUGCGACUGCCCUGGAUUGGUGUUUCCUCGCCUGGACGUGUCUCUGUACAUGCAGGUGCUGUUCGGCAGCUACCCCAUCGCCCGGUGUCGCGACCCCUACGCGGUGGUGAGGUACCUGGCUGAGCGGGUG